AUGGCCUCCCUCCGACCAAGGACAACUCCCCUCCGAGCCCUCCGCUCAAUCCAACCACUCACAAGACCCUCACCACUGGAAUCAACCCUCUCCGCACGCCCAAACAUCCAACCGGCAACGCAAACCCCAACCCCAAUCCGCAAACACUCAACAUCCUCCGUCUCAGCCGAUGAACUCUCCCACUUCUCAGGGCUGGCCAGCUCCUGGUGGGACCCAAUGGGCCCCUCCCGAAUCCUGCACCUAAUGAACCCCCUCCGACACGAGUUCAUCGCAUCCUGCCUAGCCGAAGGCUCAACCGAAACAGCCCCCUCACCCUCCACCCCCAACUCCGCAACCUUCAACUACCUAGACGUCGGCUGCGGCGGCGGCAUCUUCGCCGAAUCGCUUGCUCGCACGAUCCCCCUGGACCCGAACACCGCCGCGCCAACACCCACGCGCGCCGCUUCAAUGACAGCCAUUGACCCGUCGACGAAUCUAAUCCAGAUUGCGCGCGAGCAUGCGCGCAUGGAUCCGACCGUUGAUGCGCAUUUGCGGAGUGGGAAGUUUAAGUACUUGAACACGACGCUGGAGGAUGUACUUGCCUCAACUCAAUCUCCCGAAUCAACAACCACCACCACCGCCACCACAACCCCACCCCAAUACGACAUCGUAACCCUCUUUGAAGUCCUCGAACACAUCGACCCCAAAACAUCCAGCCCCCUCACAUUCCUAACAAACUGCCUACGAGCCCUAAAGCCAGGCGGCUGGCUAAUCGGCUCAACAAUUUCACGCACGGUGCCAUCGUUCAUUUUAAACCAACUCAUCGCUGAAGCGCCGUGGCCUAUCGGUGUCGUGCCGCGUGGCACGCAUGAGUGGAGCAAGUUUGUUAACCCGCCUGAGGUUAAGGGGUGGUUGCAGGAGGGUUUGAUGAGGGCUGCUGACACGGGUGUUUCGAGGGGUGGGGCUGGUGUUGCAGAGGGUAUGAGUUGGAAGUGUGUGGGUGCUGUUUAUGUUCCUGGCUUUGGGUGGAAGAUGGUUCCUGGGAGUGAGGAUUGGGGGAAUUAUUUUUGGGCUGUUAGGAAGGGAGUUUGA